AUGAGUGUCGGCUCGGGUUUCUGCUUGGGGCAGAAGUUCGUCAAACAUUGGCCAUUCGGAAUGUUGCUGUACACAAAGGAACUCGUGGCACCGCGUCCAACACGCGGCCAAGGUCUGCUUCGCUUCAAGCAGAAUCUGCUGAGGAAGAAGCUCCUGAGUGGGCUGAGCGAUUCAUUUGCCCAGUCCACCAUCCAUGGCAUGCGUAAUGUGUUCGUGGAGAGGCAUUUCUGGGAGCGCUGCCUGUGGCUGGGCAUCGUAGUAGCAGCGGCCGUCACCUGCUUCAGUCUGUACUCCGUCCUGUUGCAUCGCCACAACGAACAGCUGCUGGUCAGCCUGAUAGACACCACCCAGCUGCCAGUAUACCACAUAGACUUUCCCGCGGUGGCAAUCUGCCCCUGGAAUCAUGUCAACUGGCUACGUACUCCCGCUGCCGCUCUGCGAUUCUUGCCCCGCAACGCCGAUGCCGAGCUAAGGGAAACGUUUCGCCAGUUUCUCAUUGUCCUGGAGCAGACGACCUUUGUGAACUUCAACAAAGCGGAGAGCUUGUCCAAGCGCAAUGUUACAGCGCUGAAAUCGUUGAAUGUGAAAACGAUGAUCAACUAUUUGUCCCACCGCUGCGACGAGCUGUUCGUUCCGGACUCCUGUGUCUUCGAUGAGACGCCCUACGACUGCUGCAAGCUGUUCGUGUCGGAGCAAACCGAGAAGGGGCAGUGUCUGGUCUUCAACUCGCUCAUCUCGGAACAUUCGCGCAAGAAGCAGCUCACCAACCAGUUCUAUCCACGCAAGCUGAGCACUGCAGGCGAAGAGUCGGGUCUCAAGUUCACUCUCAACCUGAAUGCAUCCUAUCUGCGAGCCGGCACAACACUUCCCCAUGGAAUGAAUCUAAUGAUCAAGGAGCCUCGUCAGUGGUCCACUAAUAAUUUUUACCACCUCCAUCCGGACACAGAAAACUUUGUGGCAGUGCAUCCCAUGGUCAUCGAGACAUCCCCCAACACAAACAAAAUGAGUCCCAAGAGGCGGCGGUGUUACUUCGAUAACGAGAAGAACCCUUAUUACCAGAACACAACGUUGGAGUAUAAUCGGGCCAACUGCAUUACCGUGUGCCUUCAUCAGGCAGUGAUGAGGAUCUGCAACUGCACGACACCUGCCUUCCUGCCACCCAUAGUUACAGAGGGCAUACGCGAGUGCGGAAUCUUGGAUGCUAAAUGCCUCAGUCUCAAUGCCGAUAUCUUUAGCUAUGCGAAGGUGCGCGACCAGGAUAAGUACAUAAACGACUGGCGACGCGGUUACGUCUGUCAUUGCCCCGAAAAUUGCAACUCUCGACAAUACGUUAUGUCGCUCAACGUCCGGAAAUUGAUUUACGACAAGAACGAGACCAACAGAGUUAUUAAGGGACAGGUAUAUUACGGCCAGCGAGUGAUGACCAAAAUCGUGACCAAACUGAAGUACACAAAUCUCGAUUUGAUAGCCAACUUUGGGGGUAUCAUUAGUCUAUAUAUUGGCGCCUCUGCCAUUAGUUUCGUCGAGCUAUUCGUCGUGCUGGGCAAGCUGCUGUGGACACUUAUCCGGGAGGGCUACUCUAAGGCAAAAGAGUGGAUUAUACGCGGAUAGCGAAUACUGAUACGAUGACAUAUAUUUAUAUUUACUCUGCUUCUUGGUAACGAAUAAAAACACGAGAGUUCAGAAAGUUAAUGGAGAUGCACGUCACUUCUGCUUUGUUUCU